GAUGAGGAUGAGGAUGAAAUGGAUGACGAUGAUGUUGAGGGAGGUGAUGCUAGUGGAAGAUCUAGGAGUGAGAAGAAGUGCAGGAAAGCCAUGGAGAGGCUUGGCAUGAAGGCCAUUACUGGUGUGAGCCGUGUAACUAUCAAGCAGAGCAAGACCGUUACGUUUGUCCUCUCCAAGCCAGACGUCUUCAAGAGCUCGCACUCAGAAACCUAUGUCAUGUUCGGGGUGGUCAAGAUGGAGGGCAUGGACGCUCAGCUGCUGACAGAAGCGGCGGGGCAGUUCAAGGCGCCGGGACCGAGCAGCGUCAUCUCAAAGGGUGAGCCGUCCGUGGCAGCAGCCCAAGAAGACAAGGAGGUCGACGAGACGGGCGUUGACAACAAGGAUGUUGAGGUCGUGAUGAUGCAGGCCUCUGUGUCGAGGUCCAGGGCUGUGAAGGCGCUCAAGGCUGCAGAUGGUGACAUUGUCAGCGCCAUCAUGGAGUUGACUAACUAGGUGAUGAUAGGGUGGGGGGUCGCAAAUCAGUCUUGGUCAUGUCAUCUUGAAUGUUGCAGUUGCGGAAUUGGAGGCUCUAUGUCUGUUGAAACCAGUACUGGCAUGUAGGUUUUAGAGGCGUUUUAACAUCUGAGGACCAGCAAACUGCUUG